AAAUGGAUGAGAAUAUGUUGUUUGUAGUUCGGUCAGUGUGUUUUAGCCAUCGGUAAACGAUGCUAGUUUUGCGUCUUGCUGUAUUAUUUUUAACUUGCAACGCUUUAACAUGGGCGCUUCAAGCUCCUGUAACACUUCUAAACGACGGAAACAAGAUGCCAAUACUUGCUUUGGGAACAGCGGGUUCGAAGGACGAUAUAUCUCGUAUGCGUCAAGCAGUGUACUGGGCUAUAGAGGCUGGUUACAGGCAUAUUGAUACAGCCGAGCUCUAUCGCGACGAAGAAGAAGUCGGUCUGGGAAUAGCCGACGCAAUAAAGAAAGGCUUAGUUACAAGAGAAGAAUUGUUUGUUACCACAAAGCUGUGGAACAAUCACCACGCUCGGUCAGCAGUAAUACCUGCCUUACAAGAGUCAUUAAAAAGAUUAGGUCUGAACUACGUGGACUUAUAUCUCGUACAUAGCCCGAUUGCUGUGAAGGAUGACGGUACUGCAGAAGAUAUAGAUUACUUGGAGACAUGGCGCGGCAUGGAGGACGCUAAGAAGAGAGGUCUGGCCAAGUCUAUUGGUGUGUCCAAUUUCAAUAGCGAACAGAUCGCCAGGAUUAUCAAAGGAUGUGAAUUUAAACCGGCUGUUAAUCAAAUUGAGGUAAAUCCAACGUUAUCCCAGGAGCCUUUAGUCGCGUACUGCCGUAGUGUCGAAGUGGCUGUUAUGUCGUACAGUCCUUUCGGAUUCAUGGUGUCCAGACGAAAACAAGACUCAUCUCCACCAAGAUUCGAUGACCCUGAAUUGACCAAAAUCGCACAAAAAUACGGAAAGAAUACCAGUCAGAUUGUUCUACGGUAUUUGAUUGAUCGUGGUACAACGCCGAUACCAAAGUCAACGAACAAGGAUCGAAUAAUUCAGAACAUUGACAUUUUCGAUUUCAGUCUGACUGACGAAGAUAUUGCUACUAUAAAGAAAUUUAACAAGAACACUAGAGUUCUUGAUCUUAUUGAAUGGAAAGACCAUGCUUAUUAUCCGUUUAAUAAGCCUUAAUAAGUUUACUAUUAAUAGUUUUCAUAUUAUAUUUUUGAGAUUGAUUUACAGAUAAAAUGGUCUGAUUUUUAUAUUAAAUGAUAUUAAAAUAAUA